AUGAAUUCUUCUGCGCCCUACAAGUGCCAGAGUCCAUGGCCUAAGGAAAUAUCGGACGACCCUGACAUCACUGGCUAUGGGGUUGUUACAAACUAUGUCGCGACCGCGGGGAUAGCAGUGUCUCUCAUCCUUAUGUACUUUUUUGUUAUCUAUGACCCAGCUCUGGAUCCCUUCAGAAACGCAGAUGAAGACCCUCCAAAUCCAUUGUUUCGCCCGAAUCCAGUGGACACGAUCUUUCUACGGACCCUAAGAAAAAUACCUAAGCGCUUCCUGGGAGACCUGAAAAUCCCUUAUAAUAAGCUCGAACGAAGCUUUCUUAGGUGUAUCCUCGCAAUGAGUGACGUCCAGCUCAUAACUGGCCUAUCAAUUCUUAUUAGUGGAUUUGUACAACUUCGUCAAGGAUUGCCAUCUUACCACUGGAUGGCCGUAAUUGACCUAGCCUGGUUUUCCAGCAUAACUCACCUUGCUUGCUUAACACUACUGCAUAAUUACCUCUACAAUCACUCUUUGGAGCGCAUGUUACGGUUUAUGGCCAUGGCCGGUCUUGCUAUACUCCUGGUUGUAGCUCUUUCGUUCACCAGCACUUACUGGUGGGCCAGUACCACUUCCCCAAUGGGAUCAGCCUUUUAUUCCGAUACCGAGACUGCCACUCAUGCUGCGAUAUGCCAUCUAGGCGUUGUAGGUUCAAUACGGGAUUCCGAAUACAUCACAAUGGUUUUUUCGAUGCUCUUAAUCAUGUUUGGGUUUACCUCCCGCGUGGCUAAAUUGUACAAGGUCAUUUCUGUUAGCUUCAUGGGACAGGCCAAAAUCUGGCUUAGUACUUGGGCGCGACGUCUAUUACGCGUUGUUUUCACAUGGUGUUGCUUAGGUAGCUCGCGUCAUGGCCUAAAGCGAACCCUUCUCUACCGACCUUUAUUGGCAGUCUUCUUUUCAGCCCGUUUAUUCAUAGACUUAUGGUCCUCUAUGUUACUUGAGGUGAGUUUCUUAGUGGUCGACCUAAUCCCUCUCAUGACUGACAGUAGAUGUUCUCAGGUCGUGUGGUUAUUUAUCGGAUUUACGUGGGGAACCAUACGUCUAAUGACACUUUUAUUCGAUACUCGGGACAUCAUGUCUUCCUCUUCGAUGUUAAGAGACUCCAAUGAUGAGAAUAGUCAUUGGGGGUUCGGCCAAGUCGUGGCUAUCGUUCUUUUAAUUGCACCUUUAGUCACAUUCCUUGAAUUGUUCAAUAAAGGCGGGACGGCAGAUAUUAGCUGCGGUGAUCAUGUUCACGAACCAUUACCUCUUGGGCAUCAACCUUCCAGCUUGAUGAUAUUACCUUUGACAAAUUUAGGUGGUAGUAUCCCUAAGGACCCAGAUGAUCCUGACAGCGACUGGAAUGAUCAUAUCGAAACCCUUGGCACGGCAGUGAUUUAUAUCACCACCAUGUGCAUUACUUUUGCUGGCAUCAUUCUCGGGAUAGGCGCUUUCGAGUCAAUCCUGACGGGAUUUCAGGCUCUCAUGAUAUCUAUUUUCAUGGCUCUACUAAACGUCUUUGGGUUAUUACUUUUCUCAUUAAUGAUUGAAUCGGAUCUUUCUGGAACACCUUCCUGGGGACGAAAGCUCCUUCAUCUGGUGAAUGUCCAAUUCUUCGGCCUAAGUGCCUUUUGUCCCUUCAUCAUACAGAGCACGAUUGGUGUAUUUGAUGAUCAUGUUCUUUAUUCGGUCCGAUCCCUCUCUUGGAUUGGGAAUUACUCUCUCAUAAUUUUUCCUAUUUGUUUUUACAUAUUAUGUCUUGUUAUUAUCCGCUUUGUGAGAUAA